AUGUAUGGAUAUUGCAAGAUUCUUGGUGCCCUUCUCUUUCUGCUCAGUGUAGAGGAUGUCGCAGCUAACAGCUGCAGGAUAGACACAGACUGCCAAAUAUCUAAAAUCACUGGCGCGCACAGUCUCUUCUGUGUAGAGGGUCAGUGCACACAGCUGAAGCCCCCUGGAGCCUCCUGCAGCUCGCCAAGUGAGUGCGCUUCGUAUCCCUUCUUUGGGCCCUUGGCCUGCAGCGAAAAGUGCAAGGAUGGAUUCUGCUGCAGAUUUGUGCCCACGGGAUCAGCGUGCAGCGUGAAUAGGCCUGUGGGAGUAAACGGAUGCACCUCUGGGUUCAUCUGCUCCAAUAAGGACGAGGGCCCUGUGUGCGUGCCUUCUUUCAGCAGGUUCUGGGCCAUGGGCCCUCUUCUUUCCAUAACAGGCAAUCUUUUCAUAAACAUCGGGCUGAACUUCCAGAAAAAGUCGUACAGAAUGCCAACAGAUCGCUUUUUUGGAUUUACCGUUAAUUUGUUCAUUUUUGGAAUAGUUAUAUACAUUUUGGGAAAAUUAUCAGGGUUUAGCUCGUACGUCUUUGGAAACCAGUCGCUGAUGACCUCGCUUGGCGCUGUGGGGCUUAUUGCCAACAGCAUCUUUGCUCCCAUGAUAAACAAGGAGGUCUUCACUUUCUAUGAUUUCAUGAGCAUUGUCUUUGUUCUCCUGGGGUCUUCUCUGAUUCUCUCCAAUGCUGGGGGAGGAAAAAGGUCCUACACGCUCAUUGGGCUCCUGAAGAGAUACUUCACUCCUGCCACUUUCCUUUGGUUUUUGUUUCUGAUCACCACCAUCAUAGUUUUAUUUGUAGUGUGCACAAUUGUGGAAGAAAACAGCGACUGGAAAAUAGGCACUGGCGCUCCCUGGGUCUCCAUCACGCACAACUUCAGCAAGAAUGGAUACUGUCUGAAAUACUUCAUGCUCUUUGCGUAUGUGGGUCUCUCCGCGUGCAUUGCCUCUUUUACCACGCUUUUCGCAAAAAGUCUUGGCGUAAUGAUCAGUCUAACGGCCUCUGGGCAGAACCAAUUUGCAGGCCCUGGGCCGUACUUCUUUAUGUUUCUAAUCUUUUCCUGCACGGUUGGACAGAUAUACUGGCUGAACAAAGCGCUUAAGAGAUACGAUGCUCUUUUGGUUAUCCCCGUGUUCCACAUUCUGUGGACACUUACAAGCGUAACGACUGCUGGGAUAUACUUCAGCGACUUUUCCAUGUUCACCUCCUCGCAGUUUAAAUAUUUCCUUUCUGGUCUUUUUACCAUAUUCAUAGGCUCGCUCUUCCUUACUUUCAGACUGGUAGGGAAGGACAGCCCCUCUACCGAAAGCGAAAGUCUCAACGUAGAAACAAAGCAAAAAUAA